AUGUCUUUCCCUCUCACCCCUCCGCCGCCGCACCUCCUCCCAUCCUCCGCCGCCUUCACCCGCCGCUCCCUCCUCCUCUCCACCUCCCUCUCCACCAUCACCUCUCCGCCGCCGCCGCCCCCGGACACCACGGUGACCGACAGGAUCUACAUGGACUUCUCCAUCUGCCCGGCCUACAACAAACCCGACCGCACCGUCUCCGACACAGUCGCCACGCUCUGCACCGAGCCGUUCCCCAUCGGCCGCCUCGUCCUCGGGCUCUACGGCCACUUGGUCCCCACCACGGUGUCCAAUUUCAAAUCCAUGGUCAAUUCGUAUGCCUACAAGAACACUCUGGUCCACAAGGUCCUGCCGGGGCAAUUCUUUCUUGCGGGAAGGCAGGGGAGGAGGGAAUUGGGCGAGGUCAGACCCCCUGCUGACUUGCCGAGGAACGUCGAGGCUGUCGAUCCCAAGGCGUUUCGGCUCGCACACUCGAAAGGCGGUGUUCUGUCGCUGUGCUUGUCGGAGAACGAUGAUGAGGAUGAUGUGAAGCUGGACCCGAAUUACAGGAAUGUCGAGUUCUUGAUCACUACGGGGCCCGGUCCUUGCCCUGAAUUGGAUGGCAAGAACAUUGUCUUCGGGCAUGUGCUUGAAGGUCUGGACGUCGUGACGGCGAUAUCUUCCCUCCCAACUUACAAACCGGGAGAAAGGAUCCGGCAGUUCAACGACUUCGCCGAGUUCCUGGGCGACGAGAGGGCGCAGAACGCGCGGUCGAGCUGGAACCGGCCGCUGAAAACCGUGUUCAUCAGCGACUGUGGGGAGCUCCGGGUCACAAAGCCAUCCCUUUCUCCAUCUUUACCUUAG